GGAUGGAUAGGGGAGAGAGGUGGUGAGGAGCUUGCGCAGUGGUGGCGGGGAGGAGCUGGGCCAAGCAGCGGGCGAGGGAAGCUGUGAGCUAUUAGCCGGGAGCAUUGCUACGCGCAUCAUGGGGGAGAAAGCAGGGACUAGGGUCUUCAAGAAGUCAAGUCCUAACUGCAAGCUAACAGUGUACUUAGGCAAGAGGGACUUUGUGGAUCACCUGGAUCGAGUGGAUCCUGUGGAUGGAGUGGUGCUGGUGGAUCCAGACUAUCUGAAGGACCGAAAAGUAUAUGUGACCUUGACUUGUGCCUUCCGAUAUGGUCGUGAGGACCUGGAUGUUUUGGGCUUGUCGUUCCGAAAGGACCUGUUUGCUGCCACAUAUCAAGCUUUUCCCCCCAUCCCUGACCCACCCCAAACCACCACUCGCCUUCAAGAACGACUGCUGAGGAAGCUGGGCCAGCAUGCUCACCCUUUCUCCUUCACAAUUCCACAGAACCUGCCCUGUUCUGUUACACUGCAACCUGGACCUGAGGAUACAGGGAAGGCCUGUGGAGUAGACUUUGAGAUUCGAGCCUUCUGUGCCAAAACAUUGGAAGAAAAAAUCCACAAGAGGAAUUCUGUGCGGCUGGUGAUUAGGAAGGUGCAGUUUGCUCCAGAGACGCCAGGUCCCCAGCCCACUGCUGAAACCGCUCGACACUUCCUCAUGUCUGACCGAUCCCUCCAUCUUGAGGCCUCACUGGACAAAGAGCUAUAUUACCAUGGGGAACCACUUAGCGUUAAUGUCCAUGUCACCAACAACUCCACCAAGACUGUCAAGAAGAUCAAAGUUUCUGUGAGACAAUAUGCUGAUAUCUGCCUCUUCAGCACUGCCCAAUAUAAAUGUCCAGUGGCUCUGAUAGAACAAGAUGACCAGGUUUCUCCCAGUUCCACAUUCUGCAAGGUGUAUAAUAUAACUCCACUGCUCAGCGAAAAUAGAGAGAAACGAGGACUUGCCUUGGAUGGGAAGCUCAAACAUGAAGAUACUAAUCUGGCCUCCAGUACUAUAGUAAAGGAAGGCGCGAACAAGGAGGUACUAGGCAUCCUUGUGUCCUAUAGGGUCAAAGUGAAGCUGGUUGUGUCUCGGGGAGGGGACGUUUCAGUGGAGCUUCCUUUUGUUCUAAUGCAUCCCAAGCCUCAUGACCACUCUACUCAUUCCAAACCUCAAUCAGCUGCCCCUGAGAUAAAUGAUCCAGUGGACACCAAUCUCAUCGAAUUUGAGACCAACUAUGGCACAGAUGAUGACAUUGUGUUUGAGGACUUCGCCAGGCUUCGGCUCAAAGGGAUGAAGGAUGAAGAUUAUGAUAACCAAUCCUGCUAGGGAGGGAGAGUAGAAGAAGAGAAAAGAAAUGCUGGGGGAAAUAAGGGCAAGAUCAUGCUCCCCAUUCUAAUUGGGGUUCCAUAUGUCCCCCUAGGCAUAAAAGCAUUGUACACAAUUUUUGAUUGAAGCUGGGCAUUAAUUUUAAGCUGCA